GAUCCUACAACCGCUUCCGUAUGUGGUAGCUUAAUGUACGGUUGCUAACUAGCGCCGUUAGCGCCUCAUCGCAGAGAAGUGGCGCCUGUUUUGACAAGUGUACCUGACACUUUGGGAAUGUUAACUGAAAGGCUCUGACAUGAAAAAGUGAAAAUUGGCAGUACAAGGUUAUUCACUCACACCCACAAAUAUACCAUUUAAAGGAGAUCCAUGACCACCUGCAGUCAAUAGUUAAUUGGUCUUGAGGAAGAACUAACAAAUUAAAACUUCUGGCCACCUGAAACCUAAAAGAGAGCAUCAAUGAAUGAGAAACCGGCCAAGAGCCCUGUCUCUGACCCAAAAAAUGCAAAGAUGAGUGAUGAAGAAAACUUCUCUGAGGCAGCACCACUCUCAGAUGUUGGAGAAAGCCCGGAGAAAAAGAGUGAAGCAGAAAACUCCACUCAGGCAGAACCAGCCACACGUGCAUCCAAAUUGAAGAAAAAGCCCAACUCAGACACCGUAGAGGAAAACACGAGAGAGAAGAAGGAUGGGGGUAAGGCUGCUGGUGAGCCUCCUGUUGACUGGUUUGAACCACUUGAGGAGGAUGAUGAUGCCAGCGAUGGAGGGAAUGAUCCAGAGGAAGAGAGCCUGGCAGGAGAAAGUGAAAGAAGUGAGGGUGUGACAGGUGCAGAGAAGCCCGUCCGAAGAUAUUAUCAACUGCACACACCCCGCCGUAAGCGAACACAUCCAGACGAAGGAUGGGUUGAGUGGUCGAUACUUGGAGAAGGUUGGAAACGAAAAGAAGUGGUACGGCGCUCAGGUAGUAGCAUUGGACAGAAGGAUGUGUAUUACAUAGGUCCACGAGGAGAUCGAGUAAGAAGCAGAGUAGAACUUGUGACCGUUUUGGCUGGUACUAUUGACCUAACUAACUUUGACUACAAGACAGGGAAGUUUUAUGGUGAAGGUGAAGCACCACCUGUAAGAGUUCGUCAUAGAGCAAAGAGAAAGUUCCGGGAGCGCUCCUCUUCAGAGUCCAGCAUGAUGGAUAGAGGGGAGGGGGCCGACACCCCAGACUCCCACCACAGGCUCACCCCAAGUGUGGCGCAGAAGAAUCUUCACUCUACAUCAAAUCAGAGUGUCUCUUCCCAGAGCAAGACAGUAACUACUCCAGAAAAAGUCACGAAAAAAGAGAAUCCACGAGAGAGUUCACGAGAAAGUUCACGAGAGAAUUUACGAGAGAAUUUACGAGAGAAUCCACGAGAGAAUCCACGAGAGAAUCCACGAGAGAAUCCACGAGAGAAUCCACGAGCUGAGGAAAAAAUUAGACUCCCUCCCCCCUCAUUGUCAUCCAAACCACUGCUGCUCCCAUCUAUAAACGGAGCAGUUGGGACUGAAGACAGUACACUGGUCUGUUCCAGAUGUGGUAUUUCCUUCACUGGCACGUGGUACGACAAACAAAGGAAGAGGCCCUGCUGUCCUGCCUGUUGGUCAUCAAAGACAAAAGAGCAUCCAUUGAUCCGUUUUAGAAAGUGGAUUCCUUGUGGACAGUGUGUUGGAUGCCAUAACACAGUAAAUUGUGGGCAGUGUGCCAACUGCAAGCAUGGACUACAGAGUCCAGACUCUCGUAAACGCUUGUGCCGGAAACGGAGAUGUAUCUGUCCCAUUCGCAAGGCCCCUGGAAGUGGAGGUGCAAGCUAUACGCCACCGAAGUCUUACAGCGAGCCUCCUGAACCUGCCUUUGAUGACAGCGUGAGUUUGCAGAGUGAAGUCACUGACUCGCAGCAACAGAGUCUCAAAAGCAGUGACACUGAGAACUUUUCUGUCAAUGUGGACGUCGAUGAAGAUGACAUGUCAACUGAUGACGACGAUGAUUGGCAUAAGAAACGUAAGCGGCGAUCCUGUGGAGAGUGCAAAGCCUGCCUCUGCAGGAAAGACUGUGGUACGUGUGAUUUCUGCAUUGAUAAACCCAAGUUUGGGGGCAGCAACAAGAAGAGGCAGAAAUGUCGACUUCGUCAGUGUCAGAGGCAGGCAAUGAGACACUUGCUGCCCUCCCAGAUGGGGCAGGGUGAAUUUGGCCCUGAUGGAUCAACGCUGCCUGGCAGACCUAGACCUCAUUACACGUACAGCCGAAAGCCAGGGUACAAGAAAAACAAAGGACUGCAGUUUAACUAUGAGAUGUCUGAUGAAGAUGAGGACAGCAGCUACCAAUCCAUGAGCUGGAGCUCUGAGCCUGCUAGUGGUAGCAGACCAUCUUAUGACAUGAAUCUGAAAACCAAUUCAUCUAUGCAGCUGAACUUUUCAGAUAUGGGACAAAGGAAUGGACUGUCCGACAAGGUCACCCACAUCAGCAACCACAGCAACUCUAGACUUGUCUCAGUAAAUACAUGGGGGACAGAGAGACCCUCUGCUGGCAGACAAGGUCCAAAACAUGUUGAAGAAGAAUAUGAUGAUGAUGACGAUGAUGAUGAUGACGACGAUGAGGAGGACUUGCCCAUGAUCACACAGAUCUUCAGCUUGGCUGAAAACACUGUCGAGACGAGUGGAAACGUAGACAACCAGCUAAUGAAACUAUUGAACUCACUGCGUAGCUCUGCACUGCCCAUCCUGUGGCAUGCCAUAAUGGUGGAGGGCCCACAGCUGCAGCUCAUCCAGUGCUCUAAACAGUCGAGCAUGGCUGACACCAUCGUUCUGAUUGACCCUGACUUCUGUUAUCAGGUAACUGUCCAAAAGCAGCCGUUGCUCCCCACCCACCCUCUCUACGACAGCUUCCCAGCACACUUGUCCUCGGUGACUGAAGUUGUCAAUUUGCUCCUGGGUCUAGAGCAGUACGUCGUGUGUCGAGGACUGCCCUACCAAGAACCAUUAUCCAAUAAGGACAUACUCAUAGUGGAGAGGGCGUCGACCUGUGACUUCUUAGUGAGAAAGAACAUGAGCAUCUGUGCUAACUGCAAAGCGCUACAAGGACUUUAACAUCUAAGGAGACAGAAGAGAAAGUCUGCGAUGACAUUGUAGACCACAGGUUCCUCUUUCGGUGAUAAUACAUAUGCCAUUUUACAGAUUUACCUCUGGACUGUAAUAGUAUGGUUUGAAUAUUGAUGAAUCACCAAAGGCAUUCCAGGUGCUGUGAUAUUACAGUAUAUUUCUUUUAUGUUGGUUUGGGGCUUUUUCUUAACAAGUUAUGCCAGAGUGUGGUCAAUCAGCCAGCGGUGUGCUGAAUUUACUUUGUGACAAUACACACUCUUACUUGAGGAAUCUGUAACCCUCACUGCUCAGGGUUAUACCACCUUUAAGCUGUCAUUUGAACUUUGUUAUUUUUAUGUUGAUAUUCACAGCCCAAAAUGAAAUAGAAGUUAUAAAACAUAAAAUGUCCACGGUGUUGUCAUUUUUAUGUGCAUCUUUUUAAAGGAGCUUACUAACAGACUUAUCUUUAUGGAAAGUAAAGCUAUUCUCAGUAGUCAUCCACUUCCAUUUUAUAGUAAACUCCUUUCCCAUUGUUAAUCGAGAACAGUUCCUUUUAAGUGACUUUAAUGUCUCUUUCAGGGUGUCAAUUUUGCAGCUACUGCCUAUCAAAGAGAAACUGGGUUUCCUUUGCAACACUGGAAAAAACUUAAGUCUGUGUUUACAUGUGUAUGUGCAGUACAGAGAAUCCAAAAAGAAACUGAUUUAAUCAAAUGAAUCAGUAUGAUAAAAUAAACACAUUUAAAUUAUUAUUUACAAAAGAAUUGGUUUCAUAUUUAGACCCACAUUACUGAGCUGCACCAGCUGAGAAGGAUACCAGCAUACUAAAUAUCUUGUGGAGUCUAAAGGGCAGUCAUGACAGUGCACAGAAAUCCCUGGAGACAAUGUUCAGACAGCAACUGUUGCUUAAACUGUCACGGUUCUCUGUCAGAGAGAACAAAGAGAAAGCUUCUAUUAAAAAAACCUCAAGACGUCAGAGGUGGUGUUUGCCACACGUGUGUGACUCUUAGAUACGUUUAAUCACAGUUGUCCUGUAAUCCAGACGUCAACUCUAUGGAGCCGUUACUGCAGGACUCAAGUCCCAAAAAGCUCUUAAUUUAGUCUGUAGUUAUUUAGAUAUGUUUGAUUUUAAAGACUUGUAUUCAGCACCUCUGUAAGAACAGAGGAGCACUGACAAAUGAAAGCACAAAUUAAUUUAUUUUAACAAGCAGUUUAACACCUGAAAUAUGCUAUGAUUAGAGCGCAGACUCUUUUACCGGUACCCCACUAUGAAACAGGUGAUCUAUCCAAAGCUGAAAUUACAAGUAUGAUGCUAUUUAUUAUGCUGUUAACAUUGUGUUAACCCUUUUGAAACCACAUCCUUCUUUUCUUCUUCAUGAUGACCAGCGUUAAAAUGUUUUCAAGUGCUUAAGAAUGAUUUUGACCAUGACAGUGUCAUGUGCAUUCAUGCAUUCCUCAAGUAAUUGUGUUGAAUCUGAAAUGUUUGGGAUCAGCUCAUUGUUCUCAGUAAUAUAAUUAGUUAUUUUGUUUAAAGAGCUGAAAGAGUUUUCCACUUUUUCUGUCUUUGUCCUAUAAAAGGCAAU